UGUUUUGACAAUACUGCUUUCAUAUGUUUUUCGUUUAACUUUCCGGAUAUGACUAGUCAACUUGAUAGAAUGCUCGGACAGUUACAACAAGAAGAAGAAUUGAAUGCGGGUUUUGCACGUGAUGAAAAGUUUGAUAUCCUAAGACGCAAAAAAUCGAGUGGAAAUGUCAAAGGUUUAAGAACAUAUGCAUCUAAUGAACGCAUGCAAGAAUGUUCAAAGUUUGGUUCAAACUUAAAACAGAAACGACCUACUGACUCUCCAGCGCUUCUUAGUAGAUCACCACCACCAAACUAUAACCUAAAAUCGGUUACACCUAUACAUAAUGGAAAAUUCAACCCGGCAGCAUCAACCUUUCCACAUGUAGAGACUUCUUUAAAUGGAUCUGAUGUUAAUAUUUCAAAAUCGAUUCGUCACAAACCUUCAAUAAAGAAUAUGUUUGGCGCAAGUAGUGAGAGUGAUAGUGAUACCACAGAAGUAACUUCAUCCGAUGGUAGUGAUAAUGAUGAUGAUAGUGGGAGUGAUGGCACUCCUUACGUUCUUAAAAGAUCCAAGACUCUAAGAAUAUUACCUAAUUCAAAACCAACUUCCAAUGAAGCUAAACUAUUAUCACCUCCGGUUUUAUCGCCAACAUCUGCUACUUCUUUCGGUUUUCCUCGGAAUCCGACAAAUAAACUUCAUCGUACUCUAACGACCACUCAUGGUCAAUCUCAGGAGUUUAUUGAUAAAGAAAGAAGAAAUGGUUUGCGUGACAGAAACGAUGAUGAAUUAAAGUAUAGACAAAAAGAUACUAAAUAUAGAGAAACUAGUGAAAUUUCUAGAGAUGGUCAUUAUAGAUCUUCAAGAAAUAGAGAAAGAGAGCCUGUCGAAAGAAUUCGUAGGCAUUCUAAAUCUAGAGAAAGGUCUGGCAGAACUGAAGAGAGGCAUCAAGUGAAAUCACGAGCAAGGGAACAUGUUGACAGAGAUAGGAGAGAUCCGAGAUUACGGGAAAAGGAUGCAGAAGAGCUAGGGUGGACUAUGAUAGCUAGAAAUGGUGAAGAUUAUGGGCACGCCAAAUCAAAAACUCGUGAAGUUGAUGAGCGUGGACGAGCUAAAUCAAGCACUCGUGAAGUUGAUGAACGUGGACGAGCUAAAUCAAGAACUCGUGAAGUUGAUGAGCCUAAAUCAAAAACUCGUGAAGUUGAUGAACGUGGACGAGCAAAAUCGAGAACUCGCGAAGCGGAAGAACGUGAGCGAGCUAAAUCAAGGGCACGCGAAGCAGAAGAACGUGGACGGGCUAAAUCGAGAACUCGUGAAACCGAUGAACGUGGACGAGCAAAAUCAAAACCACGUGAAACAGAAGAACGCGAACGUGCUAAAUCAAAAAACCGCGAAACUGAUGAACGUGGUCGGGCAAAGUCAAAGACUCGUGAAACUGAUGAACGUGGACGAGCAAAAUCGAGGACUCGUGAAACUGAUGAACGUGGACGAGCAAAAUCAAGGACUCGUGAAACAGAUGAACAUGGACGAGCAAAAUCAAGAACACGAGAACAAGAAGAUAGAGAAAGGGCUGAAAAAGCCACACGUGAUAAAGAGUAUGAGAUAUUAUUAAUGGAAAAGGAAAAGUAUACACUUCGACGUGAAAAGACUAAACAUGAGACUCAUCAUGAAAAAGAUGACACUCCUAUAUCUGAAGUAAUGAUUUAUAUUGAGGAAGCUCGUCAAUAUAGGGAAAUGUCAUUAACAGUCAACACGACGGCUCUGGAUGUUUUAACUCACUUUCGUAGUGACGAUACAAUCUCAGAUGCUGAUGCUUGGACUUUAUUCGAAGUAAUAAACGAUUUAGGAUUGGAACGUCCAUUGAGGGACUGGGAAUUUGUUGCCAAAGUUACUGGAUCUUGGGAAUUAGAUAAGGAUAAUUCACUAGUUUUAAAAAAAUAUGCAUACAGGAGUCCACUAACAUUACAGGGUUUCAAUAAUACAGUACCAACAAUGGUUGGUUUUUUACACCUUGAGAUCAAGAAAAAUAAAUGGCAAAAACGUUACUUUCAAAUAAAAGAUGGUUCAAUUUAUCAUAGUAAAGACGCAAAGGGAACAAAUGAAAUGUUUCUUUGUUCAAUGGUAUCAUUUGAUGUGUAUACUUGCACACAUAUGACGACCAAAAAAUAUCAAACAAAGUUCGCUUUUGCACUAAAAUCUCAAGAUAAGAUUACAAUGUUUUUAAAUCCAGAGAAUGAUUACAUUCGUUUCUUAUGUGCGGAUGACUUGGAUCUAAUGAAUAAUUGGAUUUUAAGCAUUAGAACAGCCAGAAACAAUGUAAUGCGUCGAGAAAGACCUGAAUUGUUUGUUGGGAUACCUUCCAAAAAUGAAAAAGUAUCUUCACCGAUUAAUCUUGACAUUCCGUUAACUAAUGCAUUACCGGCAGCAGUUUCCGAGACAACCUCAUUAAUGAGUGAGAUUACAUUUGAAUUGGCAACUUUUGGCGGAUCUGCUUUAACAAAGAAUCCAUUAGCAUCUCCUCAAGUAACAACAGUUACAAAGGACACGACAGGAACAACUGCACAGAAUACGACACAGAAUACAGCACAACCUACCACUAAUCAAUGGGAUACUUUGCGUCGUCAUGUGCGUAGUUCUUCGGGAAAAUUUGUAGAAUUCACACCCAGUCGCCCUCCAAUUACUCCUCAACUAAAUACCAAAGAACUUAAGAAAAAUGAAUCAUUUAAUGCAUCAAAUCCACUUUCACCAUCUACUGAGGAAUCAAGAAAGAAUCAAUCUUCUGGGCCGUUUAAAGGUGGUUCCUUGUUAGAUUAUGAUGAAAAAAAUCCACCACUUAAACCCGUAGAAGUAGAAACUGUUACAUUUGCAAAAGGUUCAUUAUUAGCAUCAAAUGGCUCUUUAUUUGAACAAGCAAAAGAACGAGAAAAAACUCGUCGAGGAGUUGGUACUAUCAAAGAUCUGAAUGGAAAUAACACAUUUAAUACUGUAAAAUUCCAAAAGGGAUCUUUAUUAAGUAAAAGUCCACCUGAAACCAACCAACCAAUUCUACCACCUACAGGUCAUUUAAUACAAAUCGAGGAAGGAACAGGUAGAGAUCCCACUUCAGGGAUAGUUGGCGCAAGAAUCGCACCACCUCCAGGAAGAAGGGCACCACCCUCUGUAAUUGCCAUGUCCGGGGUAAAUAGACCAACUGGUCCUGAAUUGUCCAUUUGUGGUAUCAUUACGGGUAAUGGUGGUGGUGCAUUAGCAAUUGCAAAGGAAAAUAUAAAGAUGGACCAAACAAGUAUAAACGAAGGGUCAUAUGUGUGGGAAGUUAUUUCUCCGUUAUUGAAUAUUGCAAUGAGUGAAUUACCAGUAAAUUUAAAUAUAAGGGGUGUUUGGGGUGAAGAAGCGAGUGAAGCUAGUGCUCAACGAAAGGGCUCAUAUAGAUGUGCACGAAAGCCAAAUUAUAUGGUAAUCGUGCAAAUAGAAAAAAAGAGGGUGGAAAUUGGGUAUAUUGAAACAGACAGUCCAGAUUCCUUCUUCGAUAAACAAUUAAUCAGUUUUCAAAAGAUUCUAUUGAUGAAACGAGAAUGGCUAAGAACGAAAGGGUUUGGCAAUGAAGGAAAUGCUAUCUAUUUUUUCGAUUAA